UUGUUUGGGUUUUAAACAGUUAAGGUUUUUUUCGUUUACCGCCAACUGUGACGCCAAAAGAGAAUGAAAACAUUUCUACUGUUACCCCUUAUUGCUAUAUAGUCUUUCUUAUGACAGUGGUUUUGGUACAGGCAACUUACAAGCAAAAUAAUGAAGGUCAUUUACGCUGGUUAUGCCAAAACCGGUACCAAGACGAUGGCUGCCGUGUUCAAUGAGUUUGGCUACAAUACGUAUGACUUUUUUGAACAUGGUUAUUACCAUGGUAAAGAGUGGAGAAAAAUAAUCUACGAAGGUUCAACUGCGGAUGAUUUUCGACGAAUGUAUAAAGACGUGGAUGCUAUUGUGGACACGCCAAUUUAUAUUUUUUGGGAAGAAAUAUUGGAGGCUUAUCCGGAUGCGAAAAUAAUAUUCUGUACUCGUUCUGACGAGUCGUGGCUGAAAAGUUUCAAAAAGCAAAUGCAUUCCCUCGCAACUGAACCUCUGUAUGUAUUUAUGCAAUUGUUUUCCUAUUCUGGCUGGGGACACCAUAAAUUUACACAGGCAUGCGGUUAUGUGAUAUUCGGUUCGACUAUUAACUGGCCUUGGAACGAAUACAAGUUUAAUCCAACAGUUUGGAGAAGAUUCUUUAGAAACCAUAAUAGUUAUCUCCUACAAAAUGCACCGAAAGAUAAGUUGUUGGUGUUCAACCUUAAAGACGGGUGGGGUCCAAUUUGUGAAUUCCUGGGAGAAAAAGUUCCAGACAACCCCUUUCCACACGCCAACGCCGGUGCUUCUCUGCUUAAAGAUUACUUGCAUACUCAUCCACUCUUAAAGAAAAUGGUUCGAGAAGCGAUGUUUAAUCUGUCAGUUCUUACUCUUAUUGGGGCGUAUGGUGGAUACAAAGUUUACAAAAACCCGGAAUGUGUAGGAAAUUUGAUUAACGCAGCAGUGGGAAAAGUCAAGUUCUGGUGACCUGUGUAUAUGUAGAAAGUAGUUUAGCAAUGAUUGAGAAUGUACAUAAUAAUUGAAUCAUUAGCUUAAAUCAAGCUGUUUUAUAGUGUAAUGUCAUCGCCCCCUCUAUAUAAGUUACAGUGGGCGUAUGUGUGAUAUGAAUUCAACUGUGGCCUAAAAGAAUCAGCACAAACCUAAUAAAUUAAAAGAGACUUGUUAAA